CGUGAGUCACCAGCCGGAGGAGGCAGAGGAAGAGGGAUGUGGCUGCGCUUCCAUAACGCGCACUGGGAGUCGUCGGGGAGGACAGAGGUCCCUGGUGUGGUUUCUCGCUUUCUCCGCCAGCUGGACUAGGCGGCGGAUAUCCCCGACAAAAUGCAUUCCCUCCUGCUUGGGACGUAACAAAUGAGCAGUGAAGGUCACCAUGGGUAGACGGCUUUCCUCAGCAUCAUAACCAGCACCUGAGGCUCCUAGCCCCCUGAAUGCAGCACCACCAUGGGGGAGGUGGUCCAGAUGCACUUCACCACGGUGGACUACGUCAUCUUUGUCCUGCUGCUGGUGGCCUCUGCCGGCAUCGGCCUCUUCUACGCCUUCUCUGGGGGCCGCCAGCGCACCACCCAGGAGUUUCUGUUGGCUGACCGUUCCAUGAGCUGCCUGCCCGUGUCCCUGUCCCUGCUGGCCACCUUCCAAUCGGCCGUGGCCAUCCUGGGUGCUCCGUCUGAGGUGUACGCGUUUGGGACACAGUACUGGUUCCUGGGCUGCUCCUACUUCUUGGGCCUGCUCAUCCCAGCCCAUGUCUUCAUCCCAAUCUUCUACAGGCUUCGGCUGUCCAGCGCCUACGAGUAUCUGGAACUGCGUUUUAACAAGAUGGUUCGCAUAUGUGGGACUGCGACCUUCAUCUUUCAGAUGGUCAUUUAUAUGGGGGUUGUACUUUAUGCUCCAGCUCUGGCACUUAAUGCAGUGACAGGUUUUGACCUGUGGGGAGCAGUGUUGGCCAUGGGGUUAGUGUGUACUCUGUAUACUGCUCUGGGGGGGCUGAAGGCAGUGAUCUGGACUGACGUGUUCCAGACCGUGGUGAUGUUUGCGGGGCAGCUGGCUGUCAUCGUAGUGGGAGCCAAUCAGGCUGGAGGGAUAGUCGAGGUGUGGAGGAAAGCGGUGAACGGCAGUCGCAUUGCUGGACUCGACCUGAACCCCGACCCUCUGGAGCGCCACACCUUCUGGACGUUGGGAGUCGGGGGAGUGUUCCUCAUGCUGGCGCUGUAUGGCGUGAACCAGGCCCAGGUCCAGAGGUACCUCAGCUCCCGUACGGAGAAGGAGGCUGUCAUGUCCUGCUAUGUGGUUUUCCCGUGCCAGCAGAUUGUCCUCUGUUUGGGCUGCCUGAUGGGUCUGGUCAUGUUUGCUCGCUAUGGAGAGGACAGCCCUCUGGACAAGGGCUACGUGAAGAGCAACGACCAGAUGGUGCUGUACUUUGUUAUGGAUGUGUUCAGGGAUCUACCCGGCCUCCCCGGCCUGUUUGUGGCCUGUCUCUUCAGCGGAGCGCUCAGCACCAUCUCCUCAGCUUUCAACUCCUUGGCAACAGUAACUAUGGAGGACCUGAUAAAGCCUCAUUUUCCAAAUAUGACUGAAGCAAGGGCCACUCUUCUGUCCAAAGGACUGGAAGCAAACCUCCUGCCUGUGCUUGUCCUGUUCCCCUCAGCUUUAGCCUAUGGACUGGUGUGUCUGGCUAUGGCCUACGUUGCCUCCAUAAUGGGAUCAGUGCUGCAGGCAGCCUUCAGUAUCUUUGGGAUGGUGGGUGGCCCCCUGCUGGGACUCUUCUGCCUGGGGAUCUUCUUCCCUUGGGCCAACUCUGUUGGAGCAGUAGUCGGGCUAGCAGCAGGCCUCGCCAUGGCCUUCUGGGUCGGGAUCGGAAGCUUUGUGAUGCGAAUGUCUCGGCCCCCACCAGGACCCCAGCUCAACGCCACCGCUCUGCCACUGUUCCACAACAUGACCACUACUGUCCUGAGCUCCCUGGUUACCAGCCCCACAGCCAAACCACGACCAACAGGAGUGGAAGCUCUCUACACACUGUCCUACAUGUGGUACAGUGCUCACAACUCAGCCACGGUGGUGGUGGUGGGUCUGCUCGUCAGCCUCAUAACAGGACCCAUGAAGGAGAGGGAGCUGACCCCGGGAACGGUGUUCCCUGUCCUCGGAACGCUGCUGUUCUUCCUGCCAGAACGCUACAAGGAGAAGCUGUGCUGCAUCACUCCUCUGGCCCUGAAGCCCACAGAAAUCAGCAGUCAGCCUUACCAAAUGGCCAAGAAGGACGGCAACGGGGCGGCCUGCUGCAAGGAGGACACGGCCACGGAGGACAAGGAGCUGGAGAGCGACAGAGCUCAGACGGAGGACGAGGACAUGGACGCACCGACUGCACACACAGUCCAGGAGACGGCCUUAUGAUCCAAGAAGCACACACACACUUUGUCCUGAGCUGCUGGUGGAUCCUGUCACCCUGGUAAAAUACUGAUGUUAGAGAAACGGAGAUUACGGAGGGCGUGGCCUGUCUGAGAGGGCGGGGCUACUGCCGCGUCACUCAGGCUGCUAACAUGCAGCAUGAAUGCUCUAACACACCGACUGGUGUUCCAGUGUGACCCGAUCCACUCCACGCUUUGGCAGAAAUAAAAGAAUCAGGCAGGGAAUCGUUGCACAGUUAAAAUCCUUUAUUUUUAUAGCAAUAAUAGAGCCACAAAUUCUAGAGUAUAUGAAGAUUAUAAUUAAAGAAAAUCAGAGACUGAAGUGUAACAACAUGGCAGCUUGGUUUCCAACUCCUCUGACCCGUUUAGCUGCCUCUGAAUAUGGGUCCAUGUAAAGGAAGCUGUGCCGAUGAGAGCAGAGGGACGUCUGAUGGAUCACAGCUGGUCCUGAUGGAACCAAAGAAUACUAAAGAUGAAGCACAAUGACGAUGUUCGAGCAAAACGGUCGACUCAAGGAGAAACGAAACAGAAAAAGGUCCAAUAAAGAUGCUAGUAAUAAGUUUUAGAGCAACUGAAAUGCAAUACAAGCUUGUCUAAAAUAACCACUGACGGCUCAGCGACAUCAUAACACUGAGCUCUAAUUCUGCUUAAAACACUUCCUGGGUUCCACAUCCUGUCAUUGUUUCAGUAGCCUUUGUUUUGUUUAAUGAAAAUAUACCAGAUGACCAAAUGGUACAGCAGACAUCAAAAAUAGUCAUAGUAAGAAUAACUAAAUGAGCUAAUAAAAGAUUAGUUCAAAAUGUUUCAUGAAAGUUUCCUUCAUAUGGAAACUUAUCAUUCAAAUCUACAUGUCAACCUGUCAUAUGGUCCUGGAGGAAGUUGAGGUUGGAGGCGGUGUACCACUAAUGAUCUUCCUGUGUGAAACAUUGACUGGAAAUGUUUCAUCAGUAUGGACCUUACCAAGCUCCGCCCACAACCGACCCA